AUGAUUAAUGCUAAUGCAAAAGUAUCAGCAUUAGCAUUAAUGAUUAAUGCUAAUGCAAAAGUAUCAGCAUUAGCAUUAAUGAUUAAUGCUAAUGCAAAAGUAUCAGUAUUAGCAUUAAUGAUUAAUACUAAUGUGACACCCCUAUCCUAAACACGGCAUGAUGUAGUUCAAACGAUUGAGCCAGAAUCAGGUUCAUGGGGUGAAUUUACCGAUAUGGUUUAUUGUGCUGCGGGUACGUGGGCAAUAGGUUUUCGGCAACGUGUAGAGCAACCAUGUGGUAAUGAUUGUGAUGAUACUGCUUUGAAUGCAUUGGAAUUAUUGUGUGCAAAGAAAGACGGAACUUCUGUUAACUCAAUUACACCACACAAUGGUUUGUGGGGCGAUUGGAGUAAUGUCGUUCGUUGUCCUGGAAACAGUAACUUUUUGAGAGGUGUUUCGUUCAAAAUUGAAUCGCCUCAAGGAUCAGCUGAUGAUACAGCUGCAAACGACUGUCAAUUUUCAUGCUCUCAAUCAUCUAACAUUCUUGCAUCGAAUGGUGGUCCAUGGGGUGACUGGAAGCAAAUGAAAUAUUGUCCUUCAUCAUCAGCUAUCUGUGGUUUUUCACUAAAACUAGAAAAUUCGCAAGGCGAGGGAGAUGACACAGCCCUAAAUGGAGCUAAGUUUCAAUGUUGUGCUUUAUAA